AAUGAAGUGAACAUGAAUAUGAAUCGGAAAAUAUCAAUUGAACACAUUCAUAAUCAACACUUACAUAGAGAUUGUUGACAAAACAUUAUGAAUACCAUAUUUUGGCAGGUGGAUUCCUCAUAACCAAAUCAUUGAUUAUAUUGAAGUAAAAGAAUAAACAGUUAAUCAACUAGUGAAAGAACAUCACCAGUUUUACAUCCAACAUGAUGCCAACUGAGACUCAACUCAAUCGUCGCUAAAUUGCAUUCUAUCAAUUAUCAUAAUCUGUCAGUAGAAGGGAUGAUACAUAAUUGUGGAAUUGGAAACGUGGUCAACGUGUGGUCACAGAGAGUAAGCUACAAUUUGGAUAGUUCACAAGAAGCAUCCAUUAAUCAACGACAAUAUUCGAAUAAUGAUGGUGAUAUUUUUGCAUUGAAUGUACUUGGAAUCACAGUUCUUCAGUUUGCAAUCACUUUUGGAGGAACAAAUUUGUUUAUUCUAGUCCAACAGAUCAGUGAAUGGAUUAAAAAUCAUGUGGUAAUCUUAUGGAUCUCAUGCGCUAUCUACUUAGUUCUUCAAACAGUUUGGAUGUUUGUUCCAGCAUUAUCACGGAAAUAUCCAUACAAUGUAAUGUACCUAAUACUGAUGACAUUAUUUUCAACCAUUGCAAUCGCAUCGGAUGCAACUUUGUACUUCGAGAAUGUUGUCUAUUUCAUGUUCGCUGUAUUGGUGACAUUCAUUAAUUUAAUUGUUUGCACUAUAAUUGUUCUACAAUAUGAUUUCAGUAAACAUUACACCAUCAAUCUGUUUGUUACAUUAAGUAUUGAUUUGAUACUAAUCAUUGGACAGAUUCUUUACUUCACAAUGAAUAAGAAUAAUAUUGUACUAGUUAUCGCUGGUGCAAUUACAUUUCCAUUAACAGUCUUUAAAUUAUUAUUUGAAAUGAAGAUGGUAUUUGGAGGUGGUACAUUUCGAUAUCAUCAAAUGGAUUUAGUAUUAGCAGCUGGAAUUCUUUACAAUUGUUGGUGGAAUUUAUUUUUAACAUUAAUGUGGUUAUCUUCAAUGACAGGUUUAAGAAAUUUGAAUUCAACGAAUACUACUAGUACUACCAGUACUACUUUAUUGAAUGUUCAAUCUUCAAUUCAUUUAAUAGUUCUAACUAAAUCCGACUGAAUAUGUAUUUCUAGGGAAAUAUGUGUUGAAGAAGAAUUCUCAAGUAUUUUAUUUUUUCUCUUUGAAUAAACAGCCAAUUUUUCAGUGGUCAAUGUAUAUCAUGGAUGAUGGUUUAUAUUGUGACUUAUUUUACUCUUUGUAUAAGUUUACUCAUUUCUGAAACUUAAAUAUCUUGUAGUGUCAGUUAUUAUGUAUAAGCCUAUAUAGAUUAUUCUAGCUCCUUGACAAACCAUUUUAUCCAUUCUAUUUGAGUUACAUCUUGACCUCGCUAAUUGUUUACUUAUCAAACUUGACUAUAUGUAUAUGUGUACACUUCUUAUCCUACUUACCACAUGUCAGUAGCUUAUUUUUAUGUGACUAUAAAUGUUGAUUAACGCUUGAUUAAAUGGAGUUGGCUCAGUACUCUCCGUCGUUUCGUUCUCUCUUCUUCGCUUCCUUCGCUACGUCUCUCUGAUUAUCUGUUUCGAUCAAGGAUUAUACAACAGCUAUAUGUAUUGGGAAAUUCAUUCUCGUAUUUGACUUAUUUAAUUCCAUUAUUCACUAAUGUGAUCUAAGUCGAUGAAUGGCGAUAUGUAUAUUUCAAUAGUAAUCAGAAACGAUCUCAUUGGAGUCAGAUAGUGGGCAAGCAAAUAUUCGUACUAUACACGAGUGUUCAUGUAUAAUGUGAUUAGGAAAUUGUAAUGAGAUGCGAGAAAGCUGAGAUCACAGUCACUUGUUUUACUUGUAAAUUAGAAUUUCUAUUAUACUACACUAGUAAUCUUUA